GUGUGAGCUCAUCAUCCAUGACGAGACGCUCCUUCGACUUCAGGUCCCAGGCAGGCAAGGUCCAUCCAUGUUUGCCUUGCUGGGUGCUGCUGAAGUUGCCCUGCCCGGACUGACCCCGAUGCCUUUCUCUCUAGACUUUCCAGGCCUGGAUCUAUUUAUUCGUUUGGUCGACCAACUUCGAAAGCCGUCGAGGAUCCAUGCGCUCGCGCCUAGGCAACACAGAGUGCUUGAUGCGGCGCUUGCUCAGCCCAUGAUCAUCGAGUGACUUCAGAUCCAGCACGUCUGGAGACUGGAAUCAGCAGCACAGAUCUGCCAUUCACAUCAUUCCAGUCAGUCCCGUUGCAGCCCUUUGUGGAAAACCCCCCGACAA